AUGAUGGAUAUCAAAUACAAGGGAUGGAACAAACACCAGCCAACAACAGGUCAAAAACUGAUUCAAAAGAACAUUAAUCACCCAACUCUACCAUUUAGAGAAGCCAGAUCAAUAACAACUAUCAAAGGAAGAGACUUAGCAUGGAGGUAUCUACUCAAGGCACUUCCAAAACACCAUGUGGAGAAUUGCCACUCAUGUAAAGAAGAAGAGUCGUCUAUGCACAUCUUCUUCGAAUGCAAAUCAAUAAAACAGGAUAUCGACUCAAUCUAUCAAAAGGUCUGUAAAGACUCUAACAACACUUACCACGGUCCAUGGAGCGAAAAAGUUCUCGGAAAACUACUCACACCAUUCUCAUCAAAUCUGAUAGGAGCCAUUAUGGAAUCGAUAUGGUACAGAAGAAACCAAAUAAAAUUCAACGAUAACACUACAAUAAUAACAGAGAACCAAAUAAUUCAUAAAAUCAAAGGCUUUCCAGCAUUUGAUGUGAAUCCUUGA